GCCGCCAUAGGUGGAGGUUGCAGCGGAACUUGUUCGGAUGAAAGCCGCGCUGAUGAGCGGCUCCCCCGGCUGCGCUGACACCAGCGUGACGCACAGAGCGCGAGGGCGCACCGCGGCUGGAGUCACAUUGGAUUAGAGCCAGAGACAGCGGAGGGAGCACCAAGUUGAGAUGCUGUGAGAGCUCGUGGUACAGUGUGUGUGAGGAGGAGGAGGAUGCUCCCGUCUCGCGCUUGUUAUUGUCUCAUAACUUUGGGCUGAAAUCACCAGAAAGGAGCGCGCUCUUGUCUCUGGAUGUAUUUCUUUGAAGUGCAAUAAGUAGAAAAUUUAAAGAGUGGCAGUUUUUAGGCUGUGGGGAGGUUUUUGCAGCGCGAGAGGAGAGGAACAAAGCGUGCGCCAGGCUGAACACCAAUCUGGGUAAACAAAUAUGACGGACGAGUUUGACGUUUUCUCACGGCUGCUGAUGCGCAACGAAAUAACGGACAGAUUUACAAACCUCGGCUGAUCCUGGAUUGCGAUUCUAGCCUGUUUAACAUCUCUUUGGAGAGGAGGGGAAAUUAUCCCAGUGGCGCAUCGAUCCCCCUGCGCGUAAUGGGAGAAAAGUUUCGGACCUUGUAGAGGAGUCUUACUCACCGACGACUCGCUUCUAACUAACAUGUGAAUCCCUCCGCGGCUGACAGGAGUUUGAAAGUAAAUUUGAGUAAUUCAGUAUGACUUGAAACAGCCUCGGGGUUAUCAGAACUCGCAUUAAGCCAGCUAACGAUCCAUGAACCGCCGACCCGAUUUGUCCAAAGACGCGCAGACGGACAUUAAUGAUCUAGAGAGGAUUUCUACAUCAGCUGCAGCAGCAGGAGCGAAGUGAAGCACUCAACACACUCAGACAGAGAAGGAGAGAGAGAGACCCCCCCCCUCCUCCCCUUUUCCUGGAUGUCUAUGAUGUUGUGCCAGCUCGGGCAGAGGUGUGUGAUGGAGGUGGUGUUGCUGACCAUCCUGUCCUGGGUGUCCGUGUGGGCAGAGGAGAAGAUCAUAUUUGACAGACAUGCUGUCUACUGGAACAGCUCCAAUCCCAAGUUCUGGCACGGAGAGUACAGGGUGGCAGUGAACAUUAAUGACUAUCUGGACAUCUACUGUCCUUACUACGAGGGUCCCCCGUCCCACGGGCGCAUGGAGCGCUACAUCCUGUUCAUGGUCAACCACGAGGGCUACACCUCCUGCCAGCACAGGAUGCGUGGCUUCAAACGCUGGGAAUGCAACCGUCCCAGCGGUCCUGACGGGCCCCUGCGCUUCUCAGAGAAGUUCCAGCUCUUCACCCCUUUCUCCCUGGGCUUCGAGUUCAGGCCUGGACACGAGUACUACUACAUCUCGUCUCCUCACCCAAACCAUGUGGGGCGAGCAUGUCUAAAGCUGAAGGUGUAUGUCAGACCUCCAGAUGGCUCGGGAUACGAUUCUCCGGAGCCCUUCCUGACUGACGGAGGUCCAAGCUGGAGGCCAGGAGGGUCCGUGGCCCUGUUAGCCGCUCUGGCCUCUCUUCUACUGGGCCUCUUCUCCUGGGUGUGACCCCCCUCCUCCCUUUCCUCUCCUCUUUUUUCCUGGAGCUCCCACCCUCAAGGUCGCUGGGCUGGGCUGGCUAUCCCUCUUUAAAAAUCCACCACCCCUCAGGGAAGCCCUCCGUCUCCGUCCUCCCCUUCUUUUCCCACCUUCCACCUACUUAUACGACCACCAACCACCCCCACUGCCAGCCCCUUCCAUGGCCCAGCCACGGACACCCUUCCCAGGCCUGGCUGAGGGGAGUGUUUAUGAAGCUGCCCUCCAUUUUUGAGCGGGUGGAAAAGCACCUCUCAGCUGAGAAACACAAGGGAAAUGUCUCUGCACUCAUAUCAGGGGGUCCUUUUUUUGAUUUGACUAUUGACUCCUGGCCUGCUGAUGGGGUAGAUGUAGCCACAGCUAUGAUUAAACUUGUCGUUCCAGGGCAAAUUCCUAUCAUGCAAUCAAGGCAGGAUGCAUUAAGCGACAGGCCUGGAUGCACAAAAAUUGGAUUUUUUCUCCUAUUGCUGUCCCAUUGUCAAACAAAGAAUUGGAGGUGUCCAAGCUUGCAUUGUAAUUGAAAUUCCAUAUUAUCUGGACCUUUUCCAAGUCUGCGAGGAGCAAAUGUACAGAGACGAAGAGGAGGAGAGUGACCCGAGCCAUGCAGAAGAGAAAGGGAAACCACAGAUUUGAACGCCCGUGUGGGAAAUGUAAUAUUAUACGUGUUGAUAUUUUAGGAGCAGUGUAG